AUGAUUAAUGAGCAGUUGUUUGAUUAUUCUCAGGUUUCUUCGACAUAUACAGAUAUGCCUAAAGCCGAAGGUUUUAGACUGUACAAUCUACUUUCUCGCCCUUGGAUUUUGAUAUUCUUUCACUUCUUUAUUUUGACUAUUUGUGAGGGCGGAAAUGUUAUUUCAUAUAGUACAAACAUGAAUCAACAGAAUAUUUCGAUUCCGAUUUCAACGAACAUUUCAGGCGUAUUUCGGAGUACAGCUACUUGUUCCUUUCUUAAAACACCCACCGCCUCUGAUACGAAUGGCUUAUUCUCAGAAAUAUUAUUAUCAGAUUCAAAGCCAAAUGGAACCAUCACUUUCCAAUGCUCCCAAGUUGGCCAUGAAGUUCUUUUCUCCUGUCAUGAUAAAGUCAAUUCAAGUAUUUUGUUCUCAAAUAAAAAUUGGAUUCAAUGUAGAAAACCUCCUGUUGUAUCUGUUGCUCCAAGGACAGUUCGUCUCCUGAAGAAACCAACUCCUUUUAAUCAGCGAAUGAUUAUUCUAACCAGUGAGAUUGUUUCAGAAAGCAACAUUAUUGUGACAUGUCUGAAGAAAGAUGAAUCAACAGACAUAUUAGUCUCCAUAAACCCUGUCACAGUAUAUUCUGGAACGUCAACUGGAGUUGUGUCUGUUACCAUUCGGUCAAUUUCCAGUGCUCAAUCAUUUACUAUUUCAUGUAGGGCGCAAUCAAUUAAUGGUAAUCAGUAUACGUCGGCAACAUCUGAGGGAAGCAGUUCAGUGAUCUCAUUAAUCAAUGGAGAGAUUAUCCUUACACCUAAUGAUGUGAAUUUGUAUAGCCUACAGUUUCAGGUUUUAUUAUUUCUGAAUGGAUUAAAUCAAGAUUUAGGAGUCCUUUGUAGCGUUAAUGUGGCUAACAAUGAAACACAAGUCAAUAAUUUACUCAGUGAUAAUACAUGUGGAAUAGUAUCAACUAAUGUUGUACCUUCGAGCAGCUGGUCUGUAACACCUUAUUUAAAUGAAUUUAGGGCAUCAUCAAUAUCAAGUCGUACAGAUUCACUUACACGUUUACUUACAGUAAAACGUAACUCUUAUCCAACAAGUGAAUAUGAUAAUACAAUGGAAAUAUUAAUUUUAAAAUGUUGCAGUACUACGAAUAAUGUUACAAUGGAUCCAGCAUUUGCUAAUAUUGUGACAACAAGUCGAAUUAAUGUUCUACUUAAAUCUCGUUUAAUUGUUAAUAAAGGUGAAGAAUUACCAACAGAUCAAACAUUUCCCUAUCCUGAUCCUGUAUGGACAAACAUUUCUCCCUGUCCCUGUGACCUAACCAUUAAUACAUGUGACCUUGGAUGUCCAUGCGAUAAAAUGUGUUCUGUUAAUCAGUCUACAGUCACGUCAUCAAGCUUUUUUGGUGAUUAUUUCAAUCUACCAAAUUAUCAUAGCUGUGAUUCAAUGCUAGAUCGAAUUGAAAAUCAAGAAAAUAAAAUUGAUUUAAUCAAUCGAGGUUUCACAAAUUUACCAGAUUAUCAUCCACUUCUAUGUGUUGCUGUUGAUAAUAGUGCAGUUCUUGGAAAAUAUCACAGUUCACUUUCACCUGCUCGUAGUCUUAGUGACUUUAAUAAGAAUGUUAAAAAUGCUAAAAUUGAAUAUCCAUUAGAUCAAAUUAGUGAUUCAGGUCUUCGAGAAGUUAUUGUUGAACAAAACAAUGAAAAACAACGUUCAUAUAUAAAUGGUGAUCCAUUACUUUUAAUGAUACAGCCAGUAAUUUUAACAUCUUCAGAUGAUCCAACUAUUCUCGUUAGUCAAUAUAGUGAAUAUUUUGUUUUACCCAAUGAAAUGAACUGUGAUUUAGAAUCAAAUAUUCCUGUAGAAUAUCUUUCUGAUCGAAAUACUUAUAGAUGUCCCAUUGUUUUGUCAGUCAUGCAAUGUCAAGAUGCAAUCAAUAUAAAAAACAAUAUAGGAAUUGGCUGGGGACCAAGAACACUAUUGGAUCGUUUAUUUGCACGUGCUUAUUUAAUUGAUGAUUUAGCAAUAUCAAGAUAUUCUGAACCAAUAUUUCGUUUACGCAUGAAUCGUUUACGUGAUGAUACACCAGUCCCAGUAAAGGUAGAUUACUUAUGUUUAAAGCAAAAUGAAUUACAAAACUUUACAAUGUCUUCUCAGUCAAAUACUAAUGUAGAUCAAAUAAAUCAAACCGGUUUUUUCAAUCAUAACUGUACAUAUAAUGCGACGUCUAAAUUGACUUCAUGUAUCCCAUUACAAAAUUCAGUGAAGUCAAAUCCUUUAGUCCCAACUACCUGUCCCUGGCAUAAUGGCUUCGAUCUUCCACCUGACAUUGAUUUAUUGAAUAAUAUGUGCAACAAUGUUGUAUUGAAAGUGGAUUAUAAAUUUGUUUGGUCCAAUGGAAGUAUACAACAAGCAUUAGCUCAAGUAUAUUUAGCCAACUUACCUGUAACUAGCACUGAAACAACAUAUUAUCAGGAAUAUUCUGUUAAAUUUAUUCAUACUACUGAAGUAGACAAUGAAAUUGACACAAAGCUGCCUUCACACCUUUAUGGUUAUGAGUUGGAUGAUUUAAUUGUAACCGGUCAGGUUACAUCAACAUCUACUCAACGUUUCCUAGUUCAAACAAAUGAUGAAACUAAUAUCAAAUCGGGUGUUAUGAAAACUGGCCCAGAUAUGUUAUGUGAAAAUUCAAAAGUUGAUCAGCUUAAGUUUGGUAAAACUAUGAUCACAUCCUGUCGUGUUCUUUUGGGUCUUAACGAUUUUACAAAUUGUGAUAAACUAAGAAGUCUUAUUAUUGCAAGAUUAAAUCAAUUUAUGCCAAGUGAAGUAAUUGCAACUUAUCCACAAGCAUCUAAAACUUCACCAGAGGAUUGGAUUUUUAUACGCAGAGAUAAUCCUGUCUUACAGUCAUCAACUGGAAACGAUAACACAUCUGCACUCAUUGGCUUCUGUCCAAAUAUAACAUCUACUAUAUACUUAAAAAUAAUCUCUGCAAUUCAAGGCAAAUUACAAGGAAUACCUUUAAGACAAAUUAUAUCUGCAUCAAUUGAAUAUUCCCAAGAAAAUUGGCAAUUCUUAUGUGAUUAUUCAAUGUAUCCAUCAUUUUGUAGAAAUUCAACUACCUUAAAUGAUGUACAAUACUUUUAUCUUAACACAAUUAUUAUACAUUCUGAUAUAUCAGCUAAAGAUGAUCAAUUAAUGAUAAAUGAACAAUUAGAUUGUAAUUUAGAUAAUUGUUGGACUAAUGCAUUUUAUGCAUGGACAGGAUUAAUUAAAUUAUAUCAAUUCACAGGUAAAUAUGAACAAACAUUUGAGAUUGGUGUAACAUUAGGGAUAUCAAGUUUAAUUAUCAUGAUUUUAAUUGUAACUAAGCCUUUCUUUUGA